CCCCGACCCCCAGCCCGCGCGCCUCCGCCCUCAGGUGGCGGAGCCGCCUGGCGUCACUUCCGUCCAGACCGGAACCCAAGAUGGCUGCGCUGUUGCUGAGACAUGUUGGUCGUCAUUGCCUCCGAGCCCACUUUAGCCCUCAGCUCUGUAUCAGAAAUGCUGUUCCUUUGGGAACCACGGCCAAAGAAGAGAUGGAGCGGUUCUGGAAUAAGAAUAUAGGUUCAAACCGUCCUCUAUCACCCCACAUCACUAUCUACAGUUGGUCUCUUCCCAUGGCGAUGUCCAUCUGCCACCGUGGCACUGGUAUUGCUUUGAGUGCAGGGGUCUCUCUUUUUGGCAUGUCGGCCCUGUUACUCCCUGGGAACUUUGAGUCUUAUUUGGAACUCGUGAAGUCCUUGUGUCUGGGGCCAGCACUGAUCCACACAGCUAAGUUUGCACUCGUCUUCCCUCUCAUGUAUCAUACCUGGAAUGGGAUCCGACACUUGAUGUGGGACCUAGGAAAAGGCCUGAAGAUUCCCCAGCUGUACCAGUCUGGAGUGGUUGUCCUGGUUCUUACUGUGUUGUCCUCUAUGGGGCUGGCAGCCAUGUGAAGAACGGAGGCUUCCGGCAUCAUCUUCCUACAUAUUAUUACAUUCACCCAUCUUUCUGUUUGUGAUUCUUAUCUCCAGCCUGGGAAAAGUUCUCCUUAUUUGUUUAGAUACUUUUGUACUUUCAGAUCCCCUUGGAGCAGUAGAGUACCUUGUAGACCAUAAUAGUGGAAAAGGGUCUAGUUUUCCCCUUGUUUCUAAAGAUGAGGUGGCUGCAAAAACUCCCCUUUUUUGCCCACAGCUUGACUACUCUCGGCCUAGAAGCAGUUAUUCUCUCUCCAUAUUGGGCUUUGAUUUGUGCUGAGGGUCAGCUUUUGGCUCCUUCUUCCUGAGACAGUGGAAACAAUGCCAGCUCUGUGGCUUCUGCCCUGGGGACGGGCGGCGGGGGGUGGGUGGUUGGUGAGGCUUUGGGUGCCACUGCCUGUGGGUUGCUGGCUUAAAGGACAAUUCUCUUCAUUGGUAAGAGCCCAGGCCAUUAACACCUACACAGUGUUAUUGAAAGACGAGAGGUGGGGGUGGAGGGGAAUUGGUCUGUCCCAGCUAGAGGGAGAUAAAGAGGGCUAGUUAGUUCUUGGAGCAUUUGCUUUUGAGGAGAAAAUAUAUAGCUUUUGACACAAGAGGAAGAUCCAGAAAAUUAUCGUUGAACAUAUUAAUGGUUAUUUCUUUUUCUUGGAUUUCCAGAAAAGCCUCUUAAUUUUACGCUUUCUCAUCGAAGUAAUGUACCCUUUUUUUCUGAAACUGAAUUAAAAUACUCAUUUUAUCUUUGA